AGACGUGCACAGCUGAUAGGCCGUUUGGCAUCUUGUUUUACAGCGUAGAAAAGUUUUUUGGUGUUAUAAAUGCUUUAGAAAUGCAUUUGUGCACUGAUUUAUAUGUAUAAAAAGAACAAGCAGGAUGUCAAAAUGAAAAUCGAAAAAUCGAAUGCAGAGUGCGUCUAAUGCCAAGUGCUGAAUUGUGUGCUGAAUGUGUGAAAAACUCGCAUCCGUAUUGAUUUUUACUGUUGCUGGCUGCUGCCCAAAACAUUGUUUACAAUUUAUUGUGUUGUGGGGCAGGCAGAAGAGAAGGCAAAAAGCGAGAUUUCAUCUCGCAAAGAUGCAGAUGCACUCACAAAUUGCCACUAUUAGCUGCUCCAACCAUUAAGAAGACGUCUUAUCAAAUAGCUACAAUUCAUCUUUGGAGGAAGAGGAGUAGGAUCAGGUGCUAAGAUGGGCGGAUCUGUUAGUCAAGUGUUUAGAUCGGGUUCGGCGCUGCUCUCCCAUCGCGAUGGCCACAAAGUGUCCAAGGCAACGGAGGAGAAAAUUCAGACGCUCUUCGAAAUACUGCGUGCAAAUCCCAAAGUCUCGCUGCAAACCUUGGAGAGUCUACUGAUACAGAUACCCAAGAAUGAGAACAUUCUCGUCAUUCACGAUGAUUGUGGCUACAAUAUAUUGCAGCGUAGCGUUGGCCUCAAUCACAUCGAUCUCACCAAAUGGCUGCUGCAUCGCCAUCGGCCUGAUGUCAAUCGAUCGCCCUGCUCCCUGCCCCUGCACAUUGCCACGCUGCGUGGCUACGAGGAGUGUGUGGAGCUCUUGCUCCGACAUGGAGCACGCAUUGAUGCCGACACACGAAUGUGCUUUCCAGGCUCACAUUCGCACAACUGUGAGGAGAGUGGCAAGUGGCAGAGUCACCAAGUGGACGAUGUCAGCGAGAGACUAAAUACAAAGCUACAGAACGCCCUGUGCUAUGCCAUCGAUGGCGAUCAGUAUAAUGUGCUGAGCAUGAUGACCCAGAAGAUGGAGGAGCCUUGGAUACCGUUUCGGGCCAAGAAACCGCUGCUUCACUUAGCAUGUGAACGGGGUGCUUGGAACUGUGUUCAGCAGCUGGUUGUGACACGUUCCGAGGAGAUAAAUCUCAUCAUGGACGAAUAUUAUCCCAUACAUCAUGCCGUGCUGCACGAUGGACGCUUUCUGGAGAUGCUAAUUCAACAUGGAGCGAUAACCACAGUGCGCACCUGCACCCAACAGAUGACCCUGCUGCAUGUUGUCAUUCUGGCUGCUCGCAAAUCGGCUGAGGAUACGCAGGCCACGUUGCGCAUCCUGCUCGAUCGGGGCUGCAAGGAGCUGAUAAAUGCACCGGAUUCCCUGGGGAAUACGCCGCUGCAUGCAUUGAUUGUGCGUUAUGCUUUGGAGGAGGCCCGUUAUGGCUACGACAAGUGGAGCAAAUGGGAUGUUCUGCACUUGGUCCGGUUCCUGCUGCAAAACGGCGCCAAGCCAUCCAUCAAUCAGGCGGGCAAUAGUGCCAUGGCAUGCGUGUUUCGUCAUCUGCGCGAUUGGGAAGUCUGCUAUGAGCUGCUCAAUAUGCUCAUACGCGAGGAUGGUGAUCCGAAUAUUGUGGGUCGUGAUGGUUCAGUGCCUAUAAUGGUGCUAUUGGUGCCGCUGAUUAACAAGGAUCAUCUGCAUCACUUCACACAUUCAAUGAAAGUCUGCUAUAUGAACUGUAUACGGAUACUGCUUCAGCAUGGCGCCAAUUUGAAUUGUUCGUAUCGAGCGAACCUGAAGCCGUUGCAUGUGCUCGUCUUUACGGUCAGCGAGAAUCUGACGGUUAACUGUGAUGCCCAGAAACGCACAAACUUUGACUUUAUUAAGAACAUAUUGCUGCUGCUGCUGCAGCAUGGUCUGGACUGCAACAAGACAUAUCAGCACAUACUGCAGGCCGUCAUGGAUAUGGUGCCGCAUGUGCGUACUUGCCAGGACAUGGAAUGUAUCUAUGAGUUGACUCUGACGCUCAUCCAAUACGGUGCCGAUCCCAAUAUUGUGCUGAGCAGCAAACUAACGCCUGGCAUUGCCAUCUUCUCGAGUGAAAUUGCCAGCUAUGGCGAGGCACUUGGAGCAGGAGCAGGUGGUGGACCUCCUGCUGCGGGUGGUGCUGGCGCAGCUGCCUUGGGCGAUAAUACGUUUCGGAAUUCGUUUCGGAUUAGUUCACGAUAUCUGCUCUUCUAUUAUAUCGUACUGAUAACCACAAAGGAAUUCAUACUCAACGAUCCACAAUUGACAUACACACGAAUCAUUCAUCUCUUCUAUCUGACGAUGGAGCACGAGCCGCUCUUCAAUUGCCUCAAGUCGCUGCAUAAUUUCUACGUAGCUCAAGUGCCCAGUAAGAAAACGGAACAAUUGAUUGCCCUCAUCUCGACACUCUAUCGUCGCCCCAGAUCCCUCAAACAAUUGGCCCGGCGAGCCAUCUACGAGGCCAUGAAUCGAAAGCUGGCGCAGAAUGUGAAUCGCUUGAAUCUGCCGGGUCCGCUCAAGGAAUAUGUCCUGCAAUUCGAGAGAUAACAAGUGUGAGGGCAUAAUUAAUACACACAGUUAUAGUAUACAUAUAGAUAUAAAGAAUGUCGUCACUGUUAACUUUUUAAUGACCAAUGUCUAGCGAAACAAAACUACAACUAGAAUCAAUCAUUAUUGCAAUUGUUAAACGCAAAUCUAUAUAUAGAUAUAUAUAAAAUAUCGUUAUCACCCAUAUGUAAGUAUUUACAACAAAUAUCCAUGCAUUAAUUAAUUAUCUAAUGAUUAAGAUAUGAAAACGCUUAAACGUACCUUAACAAGAAAAAAAAAUUCAUCAAUAUAUCAAAACAUGUGCAAUUUCUUUUUUACGAAUCUAUUGUUCAAAACGCUCAUUACUAAUAAUUGUAUUGUGUAUUGUGAAAACUAUUCAAUUGUAAAAUUCUAAGAAGAAUGCCCCACGAUCCUACCCCCCAAAAAGAGCUAUUCUUAUGUCCUCAUAACUAAAACAUAAACAAAAGCCUUCAAAUUACACACACACAUCUAAUCGACAUCUGCAUAAACUUAAGGCUGUUUUUUGAUGAACAAUUCGGGGUUCUCUUUUUUAGAAUAUAUAUAUAAAUUGUAUAUUUGAAGGCGAUUCAACAAAUAUUAUACAUACCUAUACACAUAUAUAAAGUUAUUAUUGUAAUUAUUGUUGCUUGAAGAAAAAAAAAGAAAAACUAAAGUUGUUGUUAAUCUGAA